AUGUAUAAUGAGGGAAUCGGAGGGAAUGUUGUGUUUUUAGUACUGUUCAUACGGUUCUCUAUUAAGAUCCGGCUUCACUUUUAUGAUCGAUUUGUUAUACUAACCGGCGGAUCGCCCGGAGAGCCAGACUUAGACGACAGUAUAGUUAGUCCCCCAGAGCUAGACAUGGGAGCGCAUGGGGCCGACUCUGACCACGACGACGAUAACCUGUUAGGCAUCGGCACAUUGCCGUCGCUCAGUAGCAUUGGUCGCGGUUCGGGUCAUCACUCGGCGGUCAUGUCCAGCAAGAGUUCUCCGAUGUCGGCCAGCAGUUCAAUGAGCGACUCGGGUAUCAGCGGUCCGAACGGCACGAACGGCGCCGGCGAUCCACAGUCGCCGACACACGCGUCCGGUUCUAACAGCGCCGGUAACGACGAGAACCAACCCGGAGGUACCAAACGCCGGGGCCCGAGAACUACCAUUAAGGCCAAACAGUUGGAGACAUUAAAGGCCGCGUUCGCCGCCACACCGAAACCCACCCGACAUAUUAGGGAACAGUUGGCUCAGGAGACCGGACUAAACAUGCGAGUCAUACAGCCAUAA